CAUUACGAAAGUGUUGCUGGCUGCUUUUGUUGCUAACUUACAAAAUUCGAAAUUAAUAAAUCUGUUACCUUUUAAGAGAGCUGCUAGUGCUGGUAGGGCGUUAAAAAUUAUUUAUUACUCGAACAAGGGAAAAGCUGCUGCGCUCCGGUCUGCCAAUCACGCCAACGUUCAUUUUUCUAGUAGUAUUCAUUAAGAGCACCAACCGUAUUCGUACUUAUUUCAAUAAAAUAAUCAUUAUUCUGGCAGUUCAAAGCUUGAAUCAUACACGCACUGUUCUAUACAUCGUUUAAGCUUUGGCGGAAAAAUGGACCUUUCAUGCUUAAAAAGCAGUGUAACAAGGCAUAGUUGAUUGUUUUUGAAAGAUUAUUCGCAUUGCGAAAUCUCCAGUCGAAAAUUAUUCGUUAUUCUGGAACUGGUCGGUGAUUUCAUUGCGCAAAGUACGGAAAUUUAUCAAUUAGUGCGUGUGCACGUCGUUCUCCGUUUUAACACCAUGGAUAAAUCAAGAAGUUUCGGGAUAGUGCUGCUUAUGCAAGUGCUGUUUGGAGGCUGCUAUGCCAGGAACCAGUCGUCAACAUACCCCGCCAUUACCUGCUACAGAUGCAACGUCACCCAGCAGAAGAACUGCGACACGGUUCCCCAGGGCGCCUUCCUUGUGAAUCCCUUCCUCUUUACCGGGCCCAUGGCCUGGGCGGGUCCUAACCGCACGGGCUUGGUGCUGCCGCUGCAGCCCUUCUGCUACUCGUAUCUCACCCAGAUCCGCAUGACCAACGGGAUUAAUAGGAAAACAUUCGGACGCAACGCAGGCUAUUUCGGGACCUCCACGAUCAAGCCGUGUUUUGAAGAAGUCUGGAAGAACGACAAAAAUGACACCGUCGUCGCCAGGUAUGCCUUCUGCGCGACGAGCAAUUGUAAUACCAUCACAAUGGAUGAUCUAGCCAAUCAGUGCUUCACUAAAGCCGAACUACGCGCGCUGGAGGGGAAUGGCACUACUGGUGGAGCGGGAAGAGCUAGCGAAUCAUUGCAUGGGAUUCUGCCCGGGAUUUUGAUGUUCGCACUAAGUGCAGCAUAUGAAGUUCCUGCAUCGAUUUCCAGGACGGUUCGCGUGGCGGCAGUUCUACUGACUGCGCUUUCCUGUUUGCCCUACAUCCAAGCCAUGACGUGCUACCGUUGCCAGGAUUAUGUCGAUCCAGACGGUAACCAGGAGAAGAACUGCUGGUUUAAUCCCAUACUACUGGGACCGGCCGAGCGGGAGGACUGCUCCGAUAUGCCCAUGAGUAUCCCCGGUGUCGUCAAGAUCUACACCAAGCAGAAGGGCUACUGUGCCACCUGGAUACGGGAGCAGCGCGAUAUCCAGACCCAGAAGAAGUACUACACCCUGGGGCGGGGUUGUGCGUAUCCCGGCGGCGAACCCGACGACUGCCUGAAUGUUAACGGCACGACGACUGUGCCGGUUGCCGGCGGCGGUACCGCUCCCUUUUAUAACGUGUGGACGGCGCAGUAUUGUCUCGGGGAUCUGUGCAACAACAUCGCCUUUCAGGACUUCAUCAAUAAAUGUUAUAAUAACACCGCCCUCAUCGACGGCGGCACCACACCCGCCAUUCCGGUGACGAGGGACUUCAACGACACCUCUAACCCACCUCCAACAACCCCGUUGUAUCUCACAACCACGGACCCGGGGAUCGAGGUCGUCUACAUCGAGGCUAAUAUUACGAUCACCAAAAUUCGAUCAGGAAAUGCAUCCGAUCUGGGCAGCGCCGCUAACCAUUCACGCACGCGGCACACCGGUUUCUCUGCAUGUCUUGCGGGGCUUUUCGUGCUGGAGAUGCUGGGAGUGCGGAUGCUGCAACUGUUGGGUGUGCGCUGACACGUGUGGUGGUCAAGCCGGACCGCUUUGUCGCACGUUUAAGUCCGAAGUGGAUCGGUCCUCGUGUCUGCGGCAAAAGCUUGAAGCGAAGUUUUCGUGCGUCUCCCAGAUUCCGCGCCAAAUUUUGUUUACUUGAUGACUUAUUUUUCACUUCGAAGAACGAAGUUAAUUUGGUCUCUGAAGCAUACAGUGCCAUUUCGCGAAUUCACAGCACAUUUCACUCCAAGCUGGCCAUCGUCUGUACCUUGUUACACUGUCGAUUCUUUCUUAUGAUUUUAUUUUUUGAAGCUGUAAUUCUUAAACUGUUUCAGGUAUGUCGCAUUAGGCACUUAUGGCUCUCGUUCGUUUAUCUGUGUAAAGGUCUAUAAUUUUCCAAUGUCCGGAAGUCUUCAAACUGGUUACUUAAUAGUUGCCGGUUAGCAAGUCGACCUUUGGUAAUUGACAACAACAGACUGUAGCCU